AUGGCGGAGCGUCCGUCGGAAGACAGCCGUCGUGCGUCCGUCGCCAUGUACGAUCCAGCGCGGGAUAUCUACACCGUCUCCGAGGAGCAGGACCUCGACCGCUCGGCAGAACGCGAUGCGCGCCACCGAGCUGAGAAGCGCGACACAGCAGCCCAUGGCGGCGCUUCAGUCCACCCACCGGGGGAACAGCCAGAUCCUGCGGCCAAUCUUGUCAGUUCUUCGACUACGAUUGCUCCACACUCAACACCUCGAGAGACAAUUGAAGGUGGCGCCGAGCAGAGUACAGGCUCAGACCAGCCUCCAGCUUCCGCCGUUUCGAGAGACCUCUCACCAUCGGAACAGGAUAGAGAAUCUUUUCAUUCUCACGCCGCCUCCGUCAAGGUCGACGACCUCGAAUCCUCUCACAUCGAAGCUCAACCCACGCGCCCUCCGGAAGCAAUGGCUGAAGAGGCCGAGAUAACCCAUGGAGAGAAUCAAAGCGAAACUGCUGGUUUGAAUGAAGCCAGACCGGAACUCGAUAGUACACCCACCGAGCCCCAGAACAACGGCGUUGCCAAUGAGACUCAGACACUAGAUGGAACGUCAAAUGAAAAGAAGAGAAAGCUGACUGACGAGGAGCCUGCCUCCGACAAACCAAGACCAGCUGUGUCAAAGCGAAAGCGACAGGAAGAACGGCAUCUGAAACUUCGAAAACGCGGCCCAACUCCACCGUCAGCUUAUUCUCGUCGAGAUCGCUCCCGAAGCCCAAUCCGCCCUGAGCUCCCGCGAGAUUCCCGGUCCGUAUCGCCAAGACGCUCUCCAGAAGACCAACGUCGAGACCAUUCUCCAUUACCCCCUGAACGAUCCCCUACACCAGAGGCUCAGGCACGGCAAAGGAAACGCCCGGGCGGAGGCGCGCGGCUGGGGAUAGCAGACAGAGAGGCAUUGAGGCGUCGACAGGAGGAGCGGGAGCGGAUUCAGCAGGAAGAAGUCGAGAAAGCGUUGCGGGAUCGUGGUGUCUCGGACGUAGUCCGCCAGCACUACAAUGCCGUUCCUGAAAGGGGGCGAGAGUGGAGGAGAACCGACAGUAAAAUCAAGGGGCUCCGGGCUUUCAACAACUGGGUCAAGAGUACCCUUAUCCAGAAGUUCUCUCCGGACGAAGAAUUCCUGUCCCGUAUGAGUGGCACCAAAGACUGGGCUGAGGGUGUUGGUCCUCCCCCAGUUGAAGAGAGGAGGCUCCUAGUGGUUGACCUCGGUUGUGGCAAGGGAGGAGAUCUUGGGAAAUGGCAGCUGGCUCCUCAGCCUGUCGAUCUCUACGUUGGGCUCGACCCGGCUGAAGUCUCGAUCGAGCAGGCUCGUGAGCGAUACAACGGUAUGAGAGGCGGGCGCGGCCCACGAGGCAGGAAAGGCAAUCAACUCUUCCACGCCGAAUUCUACCCAAAGGAUUGCUUUGGGGAAUGGCUGGGCGAUAUCCCCAUCAUUCGGCAAGUCGGCAUUGACGCCAAUGUCGGACCUGGCGGAUCGAUCAUGAGCUCCCGUUGGGGCGGCGGCGGCUUCGACGUGGUCGCGAGCAUGUUCUCAAUGCACUAUGCUUUCGAGAGCGAAGAGAAAGCUCGACAGAUGUUGCAGAACGUAUCUGGACUGCUGAAGAGAGGCGGGCGAUUCCUGGGCGUCGGACCCAACUCCGACGUGAUCAGCGCCAAAGUAGUGGAAUUCCACAAGAAACGCAAGGAGCGAGAGGAAGCUAGGAAACAGGGCCAGGCUGAGGUGCCGGAGGAUGGGGAGGUGGAGGAAGAAACACCACAAUGGGGUAACAGUAUCUAUCGGGUGCGAUUCCCGGGUGCUACACCUGAAGAUGGGGUGUUUCGUCCUCCUUUUGGCUGGAAAUACAGCUACUUCAUGGAAGAGGCCGUGGAGGGGCUUCCGGAGUACGUGGUGCCGUGGGAAGCUUUUCGAGCACUCACCCAGGAGUACAACCUGGAGCUUCAAUACCGCAAACCGUUCCUGGAUGUCUGGAAAGAAGAGAAAGAUGACCCAGAAUUGGGGCCUUUGAGCGAGCGCAUGGGUGUCAGAGCCCGAGGGGGUGGUCCUCUGUUGGUUACUGACGAGGAGCUCGAGGCAGCUAAAAUGUACUGUACAAAUAGACAAUACAGUAUACCUAUUUUUAUACCUGCCGCAUUUGUGGUUGGCUGGAAGCUCUCUUCUACGGAUCCGUAA